CACCAAGACCCACCCUUUACCUCAUCGCCUGGGGCAACGCGACGCCACCUUCUCCCUUCCAACGUAGGCACAUCCGUUUGGUUGUUAGUGACCUGGAAGUUUAAACCUAUACACGGCUCGCCUUAUAGAUUGCACGGGGCUGGUGGUCCUUCUCCCCGAGAAGAGCAUUCCGGAAACGAACCCCUGAGUAACAGGAAGUGAUUCGAGUGAGCCAGUAGUUAGGUGUCUGGAAGGCAGGGGCGGGUCGGCUGCUGAAUGCCAGAGAAGUUUACCGAGUGAGCCGGCCGCUGAGGGGAGGGAAGAGCCUGUGCGGCGAGCAUUGAAAUAAGACGAUCAGAGGUCUUCGGUGAAAGUCUUGGAGUGCUUUUUCACUAGUUACGGAAAAAAUGGCUACCCUUAAAAGCUUAGAAACCAAAAGCAACCUCACUUCGACCCCAGUCCGAGGAGCAGGAGAUGGAAUGGAAACAGAGGAGCCCCCUAAGUCUGUUGAAGUCACCUCUGAAGUCCAACCCAUAAAUCAACAUGUCCUUCAGAGUCCACGUAAGAAAGUUCCCUCAGACAGCCCAGGCGUUCUUCAGCUGGGAAAGAUUCUUACUGAAAAGGCAGUGGAAGUUGAAGCUGUGAGGAUAUUUGUCCCCAAAGCCGCCAUCUCUCAUGACAUCCCCACCAAAACUACAAAGCUUAAGUCUCUGGGCUAUCACCGAGAGGAAGUCCACCUGCAGCCAGAGGUAGUCACAGACCCGAGGAAGGAACUCGCAGAGGCAAAGAAGCUUUUAGAGAAGCUCAAGAAUUCUGAAAGGAGGCUACUUCAGGACAAAGAAGGCCUUUCAAACCAGCUCCGGGUACAGACAGAGAUAAAUCGUGAGUUAAAAAAGUUGCUGGUGGCCUCUGUUGGAGAUGACCCGCAGUAUCACUUUGAACGCCUAGCCCGGGAGAAGAACCAGCUCAUUUUAGAAAACGAAGCACUAGGUCGGAACACAGCCCAGCUUUCGGAACAGCUGGAGCGGAUGUCGAUCCAGUGUGAUGUGUGGAGAAGCAAGUUCCUCGCAAGCAGAGUAAUGGCAGACGAAUUGACGAACUUCAGAGUAGUUCUACAGCGUCAGAACCGAGAUGCCCAGAGCGCCAUACAGGAUCUCCUGAGUGAACGGGAGCAGUUUCGCCAGGAAAUGAUCUCUACCCAAAAGUUUCUGGAGGAACUCUUGGUCUCCUUACAGUGGGGAAGAGAGCAGACACACUCCCCUAACACACAGCCCCACAGCACAGCAGGGCUGGCACUCUCAAACCACAAGUUGGCAGAAGCCGUGCACGCUCAUCUUCUGGGAAAUGUUGGCAUUAGCAAUCAGAAGAAGAUUCCAGCAACAGUAGAAUUCUUCAGUACCCCAGCUGAGAAAAUGGCUGAAAAGGUUCUACGGAUUUUGGAUCCAGUUACCUGUACAGAAAGCUCACCGGACAACCCAUUUGCUGAAUCUUCACCACCUGCAUUACUCACUACAAAGAAAAAUAUUGGACGUUUCCAUCCCUAUACCAGAUAUGAAAAUAUAACUUUCAAUUGCUGCAAUCAUUGCAAGGGAGAACUCAUUGCUCUUUAAUGUAUAAUGUACUUGAGGUGUGCUGAGUACCCAAGAUUCAUUAUUUGGGAGCUGGGUUUCUUAUGAUGCUAGAAAUAAAAUCAUCUUUAUAGAAUAUAUGUCCACAAA